CCUUCAAUUUCAACAAAAAUGUUUAGAUCUGUUAUUAACAAAAGCCGGCACAUUUGUGCUGAUUCAUUGGUUUUUAGUAGAAUAAAUCGUUUCUCGUCAAAAUCUUCUCAGUUAAAUAUAAAUCAGCCGUUAAAAUUAACUAAGGCAAUGGAUAAAUCUAAUUUCUUGCUUCCGAACAAUCAAAGAUUUGUUGAAUUAGACAGCUCACAAGCUUUUGAGAAUUUAACAAAACAGGAAAAGCUCUAUGCACAUUAUUUAAGCCAGGCUGCAUGGAAUGGAGGCCUUAUUGUGUUAAUGCAAACUAGCCCUGAAUCUCCAAAAAUAUUUUCUUUGCUGCAUAGAAUAUUUCUGGAAGAACCAAUAGAAGACCUUAAAAAGUCAUGUAUUGAAGCUAAAGUUUCUGAAGAUGACUUUCAGGCAUUUUUAGUCUAUGCUGGUGGAGUAUUUGCCAACAGUGGUAAUUACAAAGGUUUUGGCGACACUAAAUUCAUUCCUAAUCUGCCUCAAUCUGCAUUUGAGCUGAUUGUGAAAUCUUCUAAGGCCUAUGAAAAUGACAAUACCCAUAUCACGAAACUUUGGCAAAACACUUAUAAUGCAAUUUACAGUAUAGCUCCAAGGUUAACCAGCUUAGGUCUGGCUGAUAAGGGUAUAACAACAUAUUUUUCAAGUAAUUGCACUGAGGAGGAUUCCAAUCUAGUCAACGAUUGGAUGAAAACAAAACGCAUUGAAGCUUAUAUCUGCCGCACAUUUAAGACUACAGCUGAUGAUGGAUUACCAUUAUAUACAAUACACCUUGCUAGUGUUGAAAAAUCAUCCAAAGCUCCUCUCACUAUGGACAAAGAAAAAUAUAAAGGGGCUUAUUUCCAAGUCACUAGGGGGGACUAUUCCCCUCUCCUCAAACUGGUGUCUGACAAUCUCACCAAAGCCAUAGAAUAUGCCGCUAAUGACAAUGAAAAGAACAUGCUUAAACACUAUGUGAACAGUUUCAAUGAGGGUGAUUUGAAUGAGCACAAGGAGGGAAGUAGAUACUGGAUCAAGGAUAAAGGGCCAAUUAUUGAAACAUAUCAAGGAUUCAUAGAAACAUAUCGCGACCCCAGCGGCCAGCGGGGUGAGUUUGAAGGGUUUGUGGCCAUGGUUAACAAGGAAAUGUCCAAAAAGUUUGGAACCCUGGUCGAUGGAGCGGAGAGGUUCAUUAAGCUGCUGCCCUGGGGCGAAGACCUGGAGAAGGAUACCUUCCUUAAACCAGAUUUUACCAGCUUAGAUGUCCUGACCUUCUCGGGAAGUGGAAUUCCAGCUGGCAUUAACAUUCCUAAUUAUGAUGAAAUCCGCCAAAACGAGGGCUUCAAGAACGUAUCGCUGGGAAACGUGAUCCCGGCCGCCUACAAGGAGUCGGUCAUACCGUUCCUCUCCGAUAGCGAUAAACAGCUUUUGGAAAAGUAUCGUGUCGCCGCUUUUGAGGUCCAAGUUGGUCUACACGAACUGCUCGGCCAUGGCAGCGGGAAGUUGCUGCGACAAAACGCUGAUGGCUCAUUUAACUUUGAUAAGGAAAAAGUGAAGAAUCCACUCACAGGCAAACCAAUCGAGUCAUGGUACACGGAGGGCGAGACGUACGACAGCAAGUUCACGACGCUCGGCUCCGCUUUCGAAGAGUGCCGCGCUGAAGCCGUCGGCCUCUACCUGUCGCUCGACCCCGAGAUACUCAAAAUUUUCGGUUACGAGGGCCAAGAGGCGGAGGACGUGAUGUACGUGAACUGGCUCAGCCUGCUCUGGAACGGCGCCGCCAAGGCAACGGAAAUGUACCAACCAUCAACUUCUACAUGGCUUCAAGCGCACGCAAGAGCUCGCUUCGUUUUGAUGAGACUCCUCGAAACUGAAGGCGACGGUAUGCUCACAAUCACCGAGACUGAACCUGGAAAGAAUUUGCUGUUGACCCUGGACCGAACUCGUAUCCCCACCGAUGGAAAGAGAAUUAUUGGCGAUUUCCUGGUGCAACUGCAGACGAUAAAGGCGACGGGCGACGCGGCGGCGGGCGAGCGGCUGUUCGGCGCGCACAGCCGGCUCGCGGGCCGCUGGGCCGCCUGGCGCGACAUCGUGCUGCUGCACAAGCAGCCGCGGAACAUCUUCGUGCAGCCCAACACUCGCGUUAAAGGUGACGAGGUGGAACUAAAGCGGUACCCGGCCACCGGAGAGGGUAUGAUAGCGUCGUGGGUGCAACGCUUCCCCGACACCAAACCAGACGACAUUCUAGAAAAACUCGCUGAAGACGACAGCAAAUACUUCGCGGAACUUGAAAAACUUGCGGCGUAGUUGCCAAUAUAAUCAAUUGAUAUAUCGAAAUAGUGUAUCGUAAGAAACUGCCGUUUAUGAACU